GCGUGUCCCACAGAGCCCCAGCCUGAAGCGUUCUGAGUCGAGCGCCCCAAAACGAGGGUGUCCCCCACCCCAGCGUCCAGGAACCCCGAUUAUCAGGGCCCAGAUCAGAAUGCUGCAGGCUUUGUGGCGGUGGACCUCACUUCCAGCCUCACCCCACCCCCUCCGGGUCCCCAGUCCGCCUCAGGUCCCAACUUCGCCCCGCCCCUAGAGCCGCUUUCCGCUCUUUCUGGGUUCAGGGCUCCAGGCAGAGACUAGGACUCUGCCUGCUGUGGCAGCACCCUGGUGCGGAGGAGGAGGAGGGACAGAGACAGCCGCCACUCUGAGCCCUGGGAAGAGGGACCAUUUGAAGCAGAAUCCUCAGCAUGCAUCGUGGACAAUUAUUCUUGACCCUUUGGGUUAUAGUUAAAAGCACUUCCGGAGAAGAUUGUAUUUCACGGCCCCACCUUAAUGUGGUAGAAGGGGAACCUUUUUAUCUCAAAUGCUGCCCAUUUUCAUCUGCUCAGAGAAACAAAACAGCCACCCCACGAUGGUGCAGAAGCAACCAGUCUCACAAGUGUGCUGAGCUGAAUCUGAGCACCUCGCCCCGAAUCACUUUGCGCAAAGACAUUUUGGAGUUUUGGCCGGUGGAGUUAGAAGACCAAGGAUCCUAUACUUGCUACCUGGGACACGAGACUCGGAAAUGGAUGAUAAAUGUUACCAGAAGGGAUAAACACAGCUGUUUUACUGAAAAACAAGUAAAAAGUAAAACUGUGGGAGUUACAAAGUCUUUGCAGAUAACCUGUAAUAAUAAUUACUAUAAAGAACUGAUUCACAGAACGGCACUGUACAAGGACUGCGAAAAGAUAAGCAAAAGCAAUCUAUCCUAUCUAAAGCCCAUACUGAAGAAAGCAGAGUUUAAAGACCAGGGCUAUUACUCCUGUGUGUUUUCACUUCUUCGUAAUGGGAAACUGUACAACAUCACUGACACCCUCAAUAUAACGAUACUUAGAGAGCGCAGUGAUGUCAUUCCAGUUGUUCUUGGGCCACAGCUGACUAGAAUUGAAGUGGAAUUAGGAGAAGAUGUAGAACUCAACUGCUCUGCUUUGCUGAAUAAAAAUGACUAUCUUUACUGGAACUUCCAAAAAGAAGAAGGACUACAUCUUAAUGUGCAUCAAGACAACAAAAUACCACCUUGGACUGCAGAAGGCAAAACAUAUGCUUCCAAAAUACUGAGAAUUCAGAAAGUUACUGAAAGCAAUCUAAAUUUUUUAUACAAUUGCACUGUGGUCAAUGCAGGAACCACAGAUACCAAAAGCUUCAUCUUGUUGAGAAAAGUGGACACAGCUGAUAUCCCUGGCCACGUCUUCACUGGAGGGAUGAUUGCAGCCAUUGUGGUCUCUGUGGCAGUCUUGUGCCUGGGGGUUGUGUGUGUCAUUUAUAGAGUGGACUUGGCUCUGUGUUACAGACGCUGGAUGGGAAGAGAUGAAACGUUAACAGAUGGAAAAGCAUACGAUGCUUUUGUGUCCUACCUAAGAGAAUAUCGUCCUGAGCAUGGAGAAGAGUACACUUUUGCUGUGGAGACUUUGCCCAUGGCGUUGGAGAAACAUUUUGGGUAUAAGUUAUGCAUAUUUGAAAGGGAUGUCCUGCCUGGAGGAGCUGUUGUUGAUGAAAUCCAUUCAUUGAUCAAGAAAAGCCGAAGACUGAUCAUUGUCCUCAGUAAAAGUUACAUGUCUAAUGAAGUCAGGUAUGAACUUGAGAGUGGACUCCACGAAGCACUGGUGGAAAGGAAAAUUAAAAUCAUCUUAAUUCAGCUUGCACCUGUCAGUGACUUCACCUUCUUGCCACAAUCGCUGAAGCUUUUGAAAUCGCGCACAGUUCUCCAAUGGAAAGCUGAGGAGUCUCUUUCCUCCCAUAACUCGAGGUUCUGGAAAAACCUCCUUUACCUAAUGCCUGCAAAAGUGAUCAAGCCAGACAAGGGAGGGGCAGAGGGCUUGCCCGUUCUUGCUGAAGUAUCUUGAUGUUUAAAACAGCUGAAUGUCACAAAGACCUCUAGUGAUCCUAGGGACCAAGUGUGUGAGCCCGUUCAGAACAGACCUGCAUUUGAAACAUCUAACUCUACAAAUCCCAUUUGCUGUUUGAAGAUGAGACGUGACAUUAAGUUGUCAGGGCUGAGACUAAAUCUUGAGCUGGUUCUGUGCUUAUGGAAAACAUUGGAAUUCAAGAGAGCUGCAGCCCCCUACCCCGCACCUGGCAGCAGACCCCGUCCGUAGUCAGCAAGUGUGAUGCUGAGUCCUGUGUAGAUCAACUGAGCCUGA